AUGGAAACUAUAUUGAUAGACAAAGUAGCGUCAUUGUUGAUACCGACAUCACCCGAUCCGGUUCCGAACAAAGAUCAGAAAUUCUUCGAUGAUGUACACGAAAAAUUGGAGAAAGUCGAGAUAUCCAGACAAAUCGAUAAACUACAACAACCACAGCCAUGUGAGCCGAAACAGGAGCAUAAAAACGAAAGCUCCGCCAAGGAUAAGAAAAAACUCGUGAGACAAGACAGUGUACAAUCGACCGAGACUAGCCGGCCAUCCGAAAUGUCCAAUGAUUUAGAUCCUAACCACAUCAUUCCAUGCAAGUUAACAAACGCACCGGUGUUGCAACACUUUCAUCCCAUACUUAGUGGCGCUCCAUUAGAGACCAUACCAUCGCUGCCGGAGAGCAGUUUGGACCGCGCAGAGAGUUUGGACGUAGAUGGCGUAGACGAUAAGUGUGCGGUUGACACUAACAGUGCUAGCGCGUGUGGUAACUUGCAUGCAGCGUGCCGUUUUGACAGGAGCGAGCGGGAUAGAGAUAAGGGCGACAAGGAUAAAGGAUCGCCGCGUCACGCUCGUCACGAAUCCUACGGCGGUCGCGAGCCAGGGGCGGGCUCGACGCCCGCGCCGAACGCCUCGUUGAACGCUUCGUCGAUACCGAUGGGAAUACAUAGAAGGUCUUCAGACUCCGAUUUGAGCAUCACACCUAAAGGGAGCUCAUUGAAUGCAUCCUUGGGGAACGCCGGAAGCGGUGGCGGUGCGAUCCUAAGGCCGUCCAUGAACAGCAAUAACUUGGAUAUGCUGGAGUAUCCGUUCCUCACGAUGACAGAGUACCCUCCCGGGUUCAUCGUACAUAUAGGGGGCACGGUGUGCGCCCGCUCGGUGAAGCUGGUGGACGGCGGGGGCGAGAGCGCGGCCAGGGCGGCCUGGUGGGCGGAGCUCAGGACGGAGCUGCGCGCCCACGCGAGGGCGCUGCGGUGCAACGCGGUGCUGGCCUACUGCGAGCGGGUGGCCGUGAGGGAGGACGUCUGCGUGUUGUCAGCCUCUGGAACGGCAGCAGUGAUCAACCUGGAUUGCGACUUUGUAAACGAAGAGACGCCCAUUACAGCGGGCGCCGGCAGGACGGUGAUCGAGGAGUUGGAGAUGGAGAGCUGCUGCGCUGCCCACGUGCCCUAUUCGCCAGGCGUCGGGCCAUAUCGGGCCGAGUUAGCGGCCUGCGGCGGCUGCAGGCGAGCCCGCGUGCCAACAGUUCUACUGGCUACCUGUGCGAAGCCCAGCAGACUGGUCGCUUACUCCAAGGCAGUCACUCUUACUGCGGUGGCGGCGCGCGUGCGGCGGGCGCCGCCGGCGGCCGAGCCCGGCGCGCGCGACAUCUCCGACCAGCUGCCCUUCCUCGAGUACGAGCUGCACAAGCUGUUGCUCGCCAAGCUGCGCAUGCAGGGAGCGAACGCGAUCUUCUCACUGCAGACCCAAAUCGCCAUUGGUGAGCGUUGCGUGAUGGCGCUCGCCAGUGGCACUGCCCUACGGCUGGCCGCCUUGCCAGCACCAACACCACCCACCAUCAAGCAGGCGUCAGAAAGCGACAAAAACGCACUGGAGAUCCAGAGGGCGUUGUGGGACGCCUUCCACGCGAAUCGAGUUGCCAACGGUUACGAUGCGGGUCCCCCGGAGCAGGGCUGCAACGGAACGGUGGCCGAGACCGAGGAGCCACCAGCCCUGGAGCUCAGCGCCGACAAGGACGCCUGCGUCCUCGAGCUGGACGAGGCGGAAGACGUGGAGACAGCUAAAUCCCUUGCGGUACGCCACAGCGGCAUGCAGGUGUAUACGCCGAGCUUAAGAGCCGCGAGGGGCGCUCCGCCUCACGCUUUUAUGCAGGUGUGGCGCACUCGGCUGGGCGCGUGCGGCGGCGAGCGGCUGGCGGCGCGCGCCCUGGCCGGCGCCGCCUACAAGCUGCGCCGGCUGCAGCCGGCCGCGCUCGCCGCGCCCCACUUCCACCUCGACCUGCCCGAGGACGAGAUCCAGCUGGUGGUGUCGGGCACCGCCAUCCCCCUGGCCGGGGCCGGGCGCGGCGAGGCGCUGGGCGCCGCCCGCCCCGAGCCGGAGGACGACAUCUUCGCGCUGGACGAGGAGCAGCUCGCGAAGCCGCCCGAGCCCGUCGCCGACGACAGGCCCAGCGCCGGCCAGGCCCCGUCCAGGGUGUCGCUGACGAGCCUGGGCGUCGUGGCGGGCGGCAGCUCGAGGCGCGUGUGCGCUCUUCGGCUGCUCUUCGUCCGCGAGACUACAGGAAUUCGCGAGCUGGGCGGCCUCAGCGGCUUCCUGCACACCUUCGCCUGCGAGGUGCUGGCGAUAGUACGCGCCUACACCGCCGCUUUAGGUGGCAACGCGCUCACAUCCUUCUACAUUACGCAGCUGAUGUUGCAGGACAACGCGCACAAGAAUCAGGGUCAGUGUCUUCUAUCAGUUGGCGGUGAUGUCGUCCACGUGACUUAU